AUGGACGGACAGGGCAGCUCCACCGGCCCUUCAAAACAGCCGGCAUGUCUGAACUGUCGUCGCAGCAAGAUCCGCUGCAAUCGACCGGCGGGCCAUGCGCGGUGCGAGAAGUGUCGCCAGGCGGAUGCCGACUGCAUCGUGCCGAGCCACCAUCUCGGGCGGCAGAAGGGGGUGAAGAACAAGCGAAAAGGCCUCGAGAAGGCUAUCCAUCAGAUCGAGCAGGCCAUCAAGCGGCCAAAGGUCGAUGCGUCGGGACCGGAUGAUGCACAAAAGGCCAUUUCGGGCCUGCAGGAACUGCUCAUUCGGUUCCAGGGGCAGCUUCAAAGUGAAGAUGCUUUUGAGAGCCCUGAUAUGUCUCGCAAUCUGCCACCUCCGUCUCGGGAUACGAGUGCAGAGGAAAGUCUUGCUCUCGAUGAUGCGGAGAAUCCUCUCCAGCUCCUUGCCAGAGCAUCGGAUCUUCAGUUGUCUCCCACAGGCGUGCGACAUGUCCCAAAGUCUCCGCUUCCGUCGGUAGCGUCGUUGCCACAGGAGAGCAGUGAGCUUGAGCUGAGUGCAAAGUCAUUCUUCGUUCCAACCAGAGCUCACCUGGAUAUUGGGACUGAAUUGGACCCUAUUGAUUUGGGGCUUGUUACGUUUGACGAGGCAGAAUCUUUGUUCUCUUUCUUUUACCAGAACCUUGCGCAUACACGAUGGGGCCUGGAUCCCCUCGUGCACACGCCACGUUUUGUGCGCGCUCAGUCCGCUUUCCUAUUUACCUCAAUUAUGGCUGUCGCAGCGCUCUUCUUGCCCUCUGCCGCUGCAUUGUCGAAUAGGCUAUCAAGACAUUGCAAGUGGCUUGCGAAGCGGGUGGUGACCCAUCGCUAUAGGUCAGUGGAAAUAGUGCUCGCCUUCAUGGUGAAUGUCCCGUGGAUGCCUCCCGGAGACCGACUAGGAGACGACGAUACUUGCUCAUAUAUAGCCAUGGCACUCACCGUUGCCUUGGACCUGUCGUUGAACAAGAUCGUCACGCCGUCUUCAAGUUUCGAUUUAAGUCUCCUGAACCGUCUUCCUCGGGCCGACUGCAUCGAUGCGAAGAGAGCAAUGCACAUGGAUGGGUUCGACGAUGUUGACCCUCACUCGGAGUGGGGUCGUCGACUGCUUCGAAGACGAGAGAGAACUUGGAUUGCGUUGUUCGUUGUUGAGAGAGGUGUUUGCCUUGCUCGAGGGCGAAAUUAUACUGUUCCCUCAACAUCACUUAUUGAGAAUUGCGAUACAUGGCAUCGGACAGACAUUGCAGAUCGGCGUGACGGGCCCAUGAACUCGAUGGCAGUCCUGCGAAGAGAUCUGGAUGAUCUAUUCAGAAAAGUCAAGUCGAGCUGUGAUAGCUAUCGGAUCGUUGACACCGGAUCUGAAGCUGCCCAAACCAUUAAGAAGACCAUAGAAAGUUUCUACGAGCGCUGGUACGCAACGUGGGCAUUAGCAAUUGGCGAAGGUGGAGCGCGUUCUCUUCCACCAUAUGUCGAGAUUUUGGUGACGCACACUCAAUUAUCCACCUACGGCGGUGUCAUCAAUCACCCCACAGCGCCCCUCGAAGUAAAGCGCUUCUUCCGCGCAGCGGGACUAUCUUCCGCCCUCAACGUUCUCCGAGCCGCCAUUCAAGGCGAAGGCCGACUCAAAUCCAUGCCGAACAACACGGUCAUCAUGAUCUCAUUCGCGGCAUGCUCAGCACUCAGUCUCAGCGUGACACCAGGCGACAGUCGGUCGAGUUUGGCUCCGAGUGUCCGAACUCUGAUCGAAGAGACCGCAGGAGUCCUGGAACGAAUUGGAGCCACCCCGAGUCACCGUGGCGGGGCGUCGGUGCUAUAUGGGAGAUUCUUGCGCGAGUUGAUUCGACGAGGACCCAAUAUGCCCAACACUCAGCUGCGACCUAAUCGUCGGCCACUAGAUAUUCCAGAUCCGGUGAUACCACCCACCAGUCUGGGUGAGCAGGCGUUGGCAACAUCGCAGGCUCUCCCUCCAGGAGAUCUCUGGACCGAGCCGAUGCAGUUCUCCUCCAUGUCCGAUAAUCAAAUUAUCGAUGCGGUCAAUCGUGCCGGCAGUGCGUUUGGAGCAUCGAUCCCAGACGUUCCUUUCGACAAUAUGCUUAGUUGGGACUGGCUUGAUUUUGCCAACCCCGAUUUCAACUUUUAG